UUUAUUUGUUAGACACAGUAAUAAUUUGUGGUGAAAUAGGAAUCCAAGACUCAAAUGUAAAUAGAAAUUGAAAGUAAGAAAUAAAGGUAGCCAAAAAAAGGAACAAAACUACAAACUCUGCUUUUGUUCUGUUUUCUCUGUUACAUGCACGUCUUGGUCCUUUGAUGAUGACUACUGAGACUCUCUUUCCAUGUCGUUUUUCAUCACCAUCUUGAUUCUAUUCUCAGAAACAGUGCAAAAAAGCCGGGGGAAAAGUAACACUACUAUUUUAUUUUUCAAUUUUCGUAGUGGUUUAGUAAAGAAUAUUACAGAGGUUUUAGAUCAGAGAAAUAGAUAGGUUUCUGUUUCUAUUCAUGGAAACUUAUUUUCAGUUCAUGUUUUCUAGCUUUCAGUAGAAUGCAUGUUUCUAAAUUUCUGCUAUAUUCUUGUUUUAUGUGUUGUUUUUGUUUCACAGUUUGUGACUAAGCUACUACUAUAAUGGAAGAUUCUAGUUCAAAGAAAAUCACUUCAUCCUUCUUCAAUUCUCCAAAGUUGUUCACAUCAAAAGGUUUUCAUGAAACUGAAACCAUGAUGAGUCCUACUUCAAUACUUGAUACCAAGCCUUUUUCUUGUUUCAAGAAUCCUUUUUGGUCUGAAACAAAUAGCCCUAUAACACAACAUGUUUGUGGUGAACACAAACGUUGUUGGGAUAAAUUGGAGUCAAAAGUUGUUGGUCUUGGUCUUGUUGAUGUUCUUGUAGAUGAAAAAAACAGUGAAGUGAAUUCAAAACCAGAGAACAAAACUGUUCUGUUUGGAUCUCAGUUGAAGAUUCAGAUUCCUCCCUUUUUACCAACAAUUUCAACUUUUUCUUCUUCAUCUGAAUCAUCACCUUUAUCUAGAGGUGAUUUCAGCAUCAACACAAGAAAUUCUCAUUUGGGUUCUUCUUCUGGAAGCUUUUCACUCUCUCCUGUGGGAAAAUCUUCAUUUGGGUGUGCUAAUGAAAUUGAAACUUCAAAUUCUACUCAUGGAGUCUUCAAAGGGUGUCUCUCUGCUAGUGAAAUGGAGCUUUCUGAGGAUUAUACUCGUGUGAUUUCUCAUGGUCCAAACCCAAGAACAACUCAUAUAUUUGAUAAUUGCAUAAUUGAGAGUAGUUGUUUUGAUAUUGGAUGCUCUGCUGUUAAAGAGAAUGGGUAUUGUUUUCCUCACCCUACCAGCUAUCCCUCUGAGAGCUUUCUGAGUGUAUGUUUUCACUGCAAGAAGAAUCUUGAGCAGGGUAAAGACAUCUACAUGUACAGGGGUGAGAUGGCAUUUUGCAGCCAUGAAUGCCGUGACCAGAGGAUGUUGUUGGAGGACGUGAUGCCUAUAUAGCACAAGAUGCCUAAAUUGGAAGCUAAGGAUGAUUGAGUAUGUGACAUAAUUCCACCUAAACAAAAACAAUUUGACCUUUGCUUCAAUGGACUUAGAAUAUGAAAUAAUCCUCAGAAAUCUUAUAUCAAAGUGCUUGAUUUUGAUCUCUCUGCUUCUCAACUCGACCUCUCUAAGGUAGCUGCACAAAAUUUUGAGAGGAAUUAAAAUGCUGAGAUAUUGUAGAGAUGAUUUUUAUUUUUUGAAAUGAAUUAGGGGAUUGAUGUUGGGGUUAGUCCACAAUUAUUAUUUUUGUUGUCAUUUUGAUGGUGAUAAAAAUGUAUGACUUGAACUUGCAUUAUUUUUUUUUAUAAAAAGUACUAGUACUCUACAUUAAUAAUGCCAUAA